AUCAUCGGUAGCGAACGAAAGAACGAGGUCUUCCGUUCCGGCAUAAUAGUCGUUCGUUGGCAGUCGCGUGUUAUCGUUUCUUCCGAUUUUCCAAGUAUUUGCGGAACAAAGAUUCGCGAGGAGUUCGUAUAUCGUAGGUUCGGUGCUGUGUUCGGUCCCUUCGCAUCUCCGACAAGAUGAAUGAAGAAUACGACGCGAUUGUGCUGGGCACCGGGCUCAAGGAGUGCAUACUCUCGGGUAUGCUGUCGGUCAGUGGGAAAAAAGUGCUCCACGUAGACCGCAACAAGUAUUACGGCGGCGAGUCUGCCUCCAUUACGCCGUUGGAAGAUCUGUUCGCGAAAUUCAAGGCUCCGCCGCCGGACAAAACCUACGGCCGGGGCCGCGACUGGAACGUUGAUUUGAUUCCCAAGUUCCUGAUGGCUAAUGGAUUGCUCGUCAAGCUUCUAAUUCAUACCGGCGUUACACGGUACCUGGAGUUUAAAUGCGUCGAGGGAUCGUACGUGUAUAAGUCUGGAAAGAUAUCGAAGGUGCCGAUAGAUCAGCAGGAAGCGUUGUCCAGCGAUUUGAUGGGCAUUUUCGAGAAAAGACGCUUUCGCAGUUUCCUAAUGUACGUGCAAAACAUGCAAGAAGACCGACCCGAGACGUGGGAUGGUUUUGACCCGUUCAACAGCAGCAUGAGCUCGUUGUAUAACAAGUUCAAUCUCGACAGAAAUACCCAAGAUUUCACGGGGCACGCGCUAGCACUUUAUAGGGAUGAUGAUUAUAUAAGCCAACGUGCUAUUACUACUAUAAGAAGAAUUAAAUUGUACAGCGAUAGUUUAGCACGUUAUGGAAAAUCCCCGUAUCUCUAUCCUAUGUACGGAUUAGGCGAACUUCCGCAAGGUUUCGCGCGACUUAGCGCCAUUUACGGUGGAACGUACAUGCUGGACAAACCGAUCGACGAGAUUGUCGUGAAGGACGGAAAAGUAGUCGGUGUACGUUCCGGCGACGAGAUAGCUCAAUGCAAACAAGUAUUUUGUGAUCCUACGUAUGUACCUGAUCGCGUGAAGAAAGUAGGUCAGGUCAUAAGGUGCAUUUGUCUCUUAGACCAUCCUAUACCGAACACAGGGGAUGCUCUCUCGACGCAAAUCAUUAUUCCGCAAAAACAAGUUAACCGUAAUUCUGAUAUCUAUGUUUCUUUAAUAUCGCAUACCCAUCAAGUGGCGGCUAAGGGAUGGUUCAUAGCCAUGGUAUCUACCACGGUUGAAACGAAAAAUCCCGAAGUCGAGAUCAAGCCGGGUUUGGAUCUGCUCGGUCCGAUCAGACAGAAGUUCGUAUCAGUGUCAGAUUACAUGGAAGCGACCGACAAUGGUUUGAAUAGCCAAAUCUUUAUAUCGACGAGUUACGAUGCUACAACGCAUUUCGAAACCACCUGUUUAGACGUUCUUGAUAUAUACAAGAGAGCUACCGGUGAGGAGUUCGAUUUUAAAAAAGUAAAACAAGACUUAGGCGACGAAGACCAGUAACCGUAAUACGAUUACCAUUACUGGUUAUUCUCGAAACUAGUUCAUCCUGAAUGAAAAAUGGGGGGGGGGAGGGGGGAGAGAAAUGAGUGAGCAACGUAAUUUAACGCGUAUCCAUCGACCAGGUCGGUGUCUAUCAGAGUCUUGACGCAGAUACGAUCUGCUGAUAGAUUCAUGCCUAAUAAUUCUAGAUUCUCUUUCACGGAGGAUUUCAAAACAAAGGCAGAUAUUAUUUGUAUUUUAUUUUUCAGUUUUGUCCCAAUCUCAUUCUACAUACUAUCCUUUUCACAUUGUUGUCUAAAAGUACAUACGUAAAUACGACAUUUUCACGAAAGAUUGUUAUUAAACUUGUACCGUGUCUAUCAUCUGAAUAUUUUCGAUACAUUUUAAACGGAUA